AAGAGUGGCCCCAGUCUACUCUUUGCUUAGCUGCGUCAGUGUGCGUACGGGCAAGAAGACAGGAGCGUCAAACUUUCAUCUACAAUUCCACAUUCCAUACGAGAACUUAUCUGCCACCAUGCCAGAAAGUCAAGCACGUCAGAACUACCACGUCAACAGCGAGGCGGGCGUCAACAAACAGAUUAACGUCCUGCUGAACUGUAGCUAUGUCUACCAUUCCAUGGCCUGGUAUUUUGACCGGGAUGACGUGGCCCUGAAAGGAUUCUUUGAGUUUCUCAAGGAUGCCUCUUGCAAGAAGCGCGAGUUCGCCGAGAAAAUGAUGAAGUACCAGAACCAGAGAGGUGGGCGCAUCGUGCUGCAGGACAUCAAGAAGCCGCCCCAGGACGAAUGGGGGACAGGCCUGGACGUGAUGCAGUCUGCCCUGGCCCUGGAGAAGAGCGUCAACCAGGAGUUCCUGGACCUGCACAAGGUGGCGGACUGCAACACUGACCCACAGAUGAUGGACUUCCUGGAGGAUGAGUUCCUGGAAGAGGAGGUCGAGAUGAUCAAGAAGCUCUCCGACCACGUGACCAACCUGAAGCGCGUUGGACCAGGUCUCGGAGAGUACCAGUUCGACCACGAGACUCUCAGUUAAAUUGGUCCGCGGCCUUCCGGUCACCAUGGUAACCGAUGACAACGCCCGACAACGCCUACUGCUUCUGUCCUAUACUUUCUUGUAAGAACUAAAGCCCCGCUUCUUGUAACUGGCAGCCUGCUUCACGUGACGCGUGACGUGAAUUCCAAAAUGAGAUGAAACAUUUAAUUUUUAUACGUGUCUUAUCUUUUUAUACAUUUUGUCUGUUGAAUUUUGUUAAUUUUCCCUGUUAUAAACUCCUGUAAAACAACAUCUGCAAUAAAUCCAAGCAUGCA